AUGGCGCGUCCAUUUUCUUCGUCCAGGCUCGCCAAGAGGGCCGCAGCCUUGGCCACCACCGCCCUCGCCAUCUCGGCGCGUGGCGCAGCCGCCGCCGCCAAGGCUGGCUCCUACGAGGUGGUCAAAACCAACUCGCUAGCAUCGGCCAUGAUGCUCGGUCUCAUGGACGAGCAGAACGUCUUCAUCCUCGACAAGGCCGAAAACAACUCUCAGCGCUUGGCCGACGGUCGCCCGGUCUGGGGCUCGUUCUUUGACCUAUCCGACAACUCUGUCACCGGUGUCUCGGUGACCACCAACACCUUCUGCGCAUCAGGUGCCACGCUCGGCAACGGAACCUGGGUCGUCGCCGGUGGCAACCAGGCCGUCGGCUACGGUGGUGCGCCCGUUGCGCAAAACCUCAGCCCGUAUGCGGACUACGAUGGCACCCGCGCCAUCCGUCUGCUCGAGCCCGGCUCCAAGACGUGGAUCGACUCGCCCAGCACGUCCACCACCCAGGUCAACAUGCUUCAGUCCAAACGAUGGUAUCCCGGUAUUGAGGUGCUCGAAGAUGGCAGCGUUCUCUUCGUGGGAGGCGCCGUUGGGGGUGGUUACAUCAACCGAAACACCCCCAAUGUCGAUCCUCUCUACCAGGGAGGCGGUUCCAACCCCACCUACGAGUACUUUCCCUCCAAGGGCAACGAGACGGUCUCGCAGUUCAUGGGCAAGACGUCCGGUCUCAACAUGUACCCGCACACCUACCUCAUGCCCUCUGGCAAGAUCUUCAUGCAAGCCAAUUACAGCACGAUCCUCUGGGAUCACGUCAACAACGUCGAGACCGACCUUCCCGACAUGCCCGGCCAGGUCAUCCGCGUCUAUCCGGCCUCGGCUGCCGUCGCCAUGCUGCCGCUCACUCCUCAGAACAAUUACACGCCCACGAUCCUCUUCUGCGGCGGAAGCGUCAUGAGCGACACGCUCUGGGGAAACUAUAGCGGUCCCGGCGGCGACAUUCUCGGCAUCACGGCCUCCACCGACUGCUCCUCCAUCACUCCCGAGGACAGCCAGGGUAACCAGAACACCGCUGCCCAGUAUGUCAAGGAGGAGGAUCUGCCUCAGGGCCGCACCAUGGGUCAAUUCAUCCAUCUGCCCGACGGCACCAUGGUCAUUCUAAACGGCGCCGAGAAGGGAACCGCCGGUUACACCAACGCCACCUACAACAGCGCCCAGUACAAUGGCCAGACCAUCAAUACCGAGGGUCUUGCGCAGGACCCUGCGUACGUGCCCGUCCUCUACGACCCCUCCAAGCCGCAAGGAAAGCGUCUCUCCAAUGCGGGCUUCGGCGCCUCCACCAUCGCCCGACUCUACCACUCGAGCGCCGUGCUGCUGCCCGAUGGCUCGGUCAUGGUCGCCGGCUCCAACCCGCACCAGGACGUCACGCUCAACAUGCCCACCGGCACCACCCCUCAGGCCUUCAACACCACCUACGAGAUUGAGAAGUGGUACCCCCCCUACUGGGGACAGCCGAAGCCUUCGCCUCAGGGCAUGCCCACCUCCAUCCAGUACGGUGGCAGCCCCUUCAACAUCACCGUUGAUGGCGCUUUUAUGGGUUCGUCGGCCAACGCCAAGGCUGCCAACACCAAGUUUGCCAUCAUCCGCCCCGGCUUCUCCACGCACGCCAUGAACAUGGGCCAGCGAGCCGUCUACCUCGACUACACCUACACCGUCAACGACGACGCAUCGGUCACCUACAUGGUCAACCCGCUGCCCAACACCAAGGCCAUGAACCGCCUCCUUGUACCUGGCCCCGCGCUCUUCUUCGUCACGGUGGCAGGCGUGCCCAGCAACGGCAAGAUGAUCAUGGUCGGCACCAGCGCCACCGGCACCGGCAACGUCCCCUUCACGCCCACGCUCGGAUCGGCUCUGGUGUCGCUCCCGGCACCUGUCAACAGCACCAAGUACACCGCCACCAUCACCAGGGCGGGCGACUCUUCGUCGAGCUUUGGCCUUGGCAAGAUCAUCGGCAUCGCCGUCGCUGGUGCCGCAGUGCUGGCGCUCAUCGCUAUCGGCAUCUGCCUGUGGAGGCGCAAGGGCAAGAACUCGCGAGGCGAGAAGGCCGCUGCUCGACAGUCGGCCGCGCCUUGGACGAGCCGCGACGUCGGCUCGGGCCCCGAGUACAAGCGUGUCGACACUCCUGUCGGCUCCGUCAACGGCGGCCGCUUCGGCGGACGCAGGAUGGACAGCUCCAACACGUUUGAGAGCUACCGCAUGCACGACCAGGGCAGCGUCAUCGAGAGCAAGGAGGCGCUCGGAGGCUACUACGACCACCCACGCAGCGGCAGCCGUGGCGGCUAUGCCCAGAGCCCGCUCGGCUACGAGCAGCAGGGCCGCGGCAGCUCUCAGGGCGGCUACCAGCAGGGGUGGGCCGAGCACCACGCCGGCGACGCAGGCGCGUACUACGAGGAGGGCAACAGGUACGGCGGUCAGAGCUACGACGACUACCCGCCACGUUCCUACCAGCAGCAGUACCACCAGCAGCAGCAGCAGUACCCGCAGCAAUACCAGCAGCAGGGCGGCCAGUACCACGACAGGCAGAGCUCGGGCGGCUAUGGCCGUGCUCGUUAA